GAUUUCCGCCAGUGCAGUGACGUCAUCAUUCACGAUCCAUCAUGGCUGCGCCGUGUACGCGAACGAUCGGCUACCUUAUCACAAAAUGUGGGACAUCAUGCUCCACUAUAUCAAAAGCCUCAUCACGUGCAAGUCGGGAAGUGGUCAGUAGACCCUUAUGUACCAGUUCUAUCAUGUACAGGAAGAACCUGGCAGCUGCUCCCCCCGAAAAGUUUACAUUGGAGUUCAUUGAGAAGCAAGUGGAGGAAUUCAAUAUUGGCAAGCGGCAUCUGGCCAACAUGAUGGGAGAGGACCCUGAGAAUUUUACUCAGGAGGACAUAGAUAGAAGCAUCGCUUACCUCUUUCCCUCCGGUUUGUUUGAGAAGAAGGCACGACCCCUAAUGAAGCAUCCAGAGGAAAUCUUCCCGAGGCAGCGAGCUGUCCAAUGGGGGGCAGACGGACGACCAUUCCACUUCCUGUUUUACACAGGAAAACAGGCUUACUAUACCUUGAUGCAUGACAUACAGGGUAAAAUCCUUAACAUUGAGAGGCAUCAGGAUCGUCUGCGAGCCGAAGGCCUCUUUUCGCAGGAUGUCAAGAGAAUAUCUCUUGGCAGAAGCAGAUGGCUCCAGAAGGAGGAGCUGGAAGAGUUGUUGGUGGAGCCCAUAUCUGUUCAUGAUUAUACCCACUUUCUCCAGCUAAUGGAAAGAUUGCUGUCUCUGCCCUACUGCGCCACCGAGGAGCAGUUUGUCUUAAAUUACCGCCAGCAACUUGAGGCUCAGUCUAUCAAGCAGACAAUACCAACCAUGGAGAAGGAUGAAAAGGGUGUGGCCUUUAGCACCUCAGAAGGACGAAGAAAGACAUCGAAAGCCUCUGUUGUUUUGAGAGAUUGCGGCUCUGGGUGUGUCAGUAUUAACGGACAGAACUACCUCCAAUACUUCUCGGUGAUACAAGACAGGGAGCAGCUUAUGUUUCCGCUCCAGUUCAUGGGCAUGCUGGGACGUUUUGACAUAGAGAGCAGUGUGAAUGGUGGUGGGCGGUCCAGCCAGGCAGGAGCACUGCGACUGGCCAUCUCCCGUGCCUUAACCAGCUUUGUUUCUGAGAGAGAUGUAGAGAUCAUGAGACAAGCUGGUCUGUUGACUCCUGACCCCAGAGUGAGGGAGAGGAAGAAGCCAGGUCAGGAAGGUGCCAGGAAAAAAUUCACAUGGAAGAAACGUUGACGAUGAAACCAAUUCAACUCAUGAAAUAAUGUCCUCUUAUCAUUUUGAAGACUUUACAACUGGAACUGAACAUUUUUUAUGCCAAAAGAAAGAACGGGACGUUUAGUACUCGGCAGCAAGGGGAUUGUGUUCGAAAAUGACCGAUCAAGUUUUAUUCUAUUAAAUAUUAUGUGAAUAAAUUUCCUUUGCUGUUCAUGAAAUGUACUGAUUUGAAACACAAUAUUAGCUCAAGUACUUUACUACAGCUCUUGAAGGCAGCAUGAAACUGGUAAGGACUGUUUCCACAGAACGAAGGUUUGGAUUGAGUUCUGAGUUAAGUCUGUUAACCUGGGCUUUUCUAUAAGUUUUUGUCGCACUCUGGCUUCUCAACAGUUCCAAAAUUUAUUUCACUUAUGACUAAAAUGUCUGCAACUGUGAAUGUUUAUAAUUUAAGAUGUGUGAUAAUAUAUAACACAAUUAUUGAUUUUGUUGCUGUGAUCAAUUUCAGAGGCUAUUGCAAAUUUUCAUCUGCAUAUACGAUAUUUAGUUGAAAUUUUUAAUCUUAGAGUUGUCAUAAAAACUGAUUUUCUGGGAGUACUACAUCGGUACUUUGAAACAUGGAGCCACAGCAUUAAACCGUUUUCCAAAACG